CUACUACUACAUAGUACUACUAAGUCAGUAGUGCUCAGUACAACUUACUACCAUCUACCAUCUUUUAUCUACCAUCCUUGACCCAUUUUCUGUUUCACACGGUCCCCACUUCAGUCAGACAACAUGGCUGAGUUCUUGCGAUCCCAGAUUUUGGGGACUACAUUCGAAACCACCAACAGAUAUUCCGACUUGCAGCCUGUUGGACUUGGUGCCUUCGGGCUUGUUUGCUCGGCUUAUGACAUGAUUACGCGCCAGCCAGUAGCUAUCAAGAAGAUGAUGAAGCCGUUCUCCAACGCCACCCUCGCCAAACGGACCUACCGCGAAGUCAAGCUAUUGAAACACCUGCGUCAUGAAAAUCUCAUUGGCCUAAGCGACAUUUUCAUCUCGCCAUUAGAGGACGUUUAUCUGGUGACGGACCUUUUGGGAACUGACCUCAAUCGCCUCCUUACCUCAAAGCCUCUGGACGGCAAAUUCGUUCAAUAUUUCACCUAUCAGCUUUUGCGAGGCCUCAAAUACAUCCACUCCGCAGGCGUGAUACACCGUGAUCUCAAGCCGAGUAACAUACUGAUCAACGAGAACUGUGACUUGAAGAUCUGUGAUUUCGGUCUUGCGCGACUGCAGGAGCCUCAGAUGACCGGAUAUGUCUCAACUAGAUAUUACAGGGCACCAGAAAUCAUGCUUACAUGGCAAAAAUACGGAAUGCAAGUGGACAUCUGGAGUGCUGGCUGCAUUGUCGCAGAGAUGCUUCGCGGAAAGCCAUUGUUCCCAGGAAAGGAUCAUAUCCAUCAAUUCUAUCUGAUUACGGAUGCUCUGGGGAACCCGCCUGAUGAGGUCAUUGAGAGGAUCUGUACAAAAGCUGCCCUUAAUAUUGUGAAGUCGCUGCCGAAGCGCCAGCCAGCUCCUUGGGCGACUUUGUUUCCAGACUCUGAUGAAGACGCUAUUGACCUCCUUGCAAAGAUGCUCAUAUUCGAUCCCGACAAGCGGAUCUCUGCUGCGAAAGCUUUGGAACAUCCCUACUUGGGUGUAUAUCACGAUCCCACUGAUGAGCCGGUUGCUGAGCAAAAGUUCGAUUGGUCUUUCAGUGAAGUAGCCCAUUCAAUCGAUGAAUGGAAAAUCAUGAUAUACACUGAAGUUGUAGACUUCCAUGAUCUUGGGCCUACCGGAGAACCAGCCAUCACAGAGCCUUUCUUGCCUUCCGACCCGAGCCUCAGCCCCGAGGUCCUUGACCCGCUUGGCCAGAUACAAACCCAAAGCAUGAUCACCAAAUCCGCGGACACUCUAGACCAGGAUAUUUUGCAGUACCUCCAGAUUUAGACUGCGCCAAUUUAAAGCUCACGAAGGAAGCGGGAGCCGCAAGCUCGGUGAACUAGUUCCGUUUGUCAUCACGAGGGUUGCUGGCACUGACAUCAUUAUGCGUCUAAUUUGUCAACCCUUUCGUCAGAUGAGGCUUUGAAGAUCGGUCAUUCGGCA